GUAUUGUACAUGUGCUAAAUAUUUAAUUUAAAAAAAAAAUUAAACAACAUGUUAAGAAAGUGUCCAUUAAUUGUGAUUUUGGGCUCUACAGGAACAGGAAAAACUAAACUGUCCAUUGAAAUUGCCAAAAAGUUUAAAGGAGAAGUCAUUGGGGCUGAUUCUAUGCAAGUUUACAAAGGUUUAGAUAUUGUAACAGCAAAGGCUACAAAAGAAGAACAAUCACAAGCCGUACAUCAUUUAUUAGAUGUAGCUCAACCCGGAGAGACUUUUACUGUAGUUCAUUAUAAGCAAAAGGCUUUGGAAAUUAUCUCAAACCUCCUAUCAAAAAACAUCCUACCAAUUAUAGUGGGCGGUACAAACUACUACAUAGAAUCCAUUCUAUGGAAAGUUCUAGUCGAUCCACCCACAAACAAAAACCUGGACGCCCCAAGACCAUCUUUAACAGAUAAAAAUAUAUCCCCCGAAGACAGUUCUUCAGAUUCUGAUGACAACGUUCCAUCGAGUGCAAUAAAAUUCAAACAAUCGAGUAAUUGUGAUGUUAAAUUUAGUUUAGACGAUGAAAAGAAGUGGGAAUUUAUGUCUGGUGCUGAGUUGCAUGAUAUUUUGAAGAAAGUUGAUAGUGUUUCAGCACAACGUUUGCAUCCUAAUAAUAAGAGGAAAAUUAUGAGAUCUUUGCAAAUUUAUCUACACACCGGCAAAACCCACACGGAAAUUUUGUUAGAACAAAGAAAUCCUAAACAAGGCGGUUGUGCAAUUGGAGGUCCUUUACGUUUCGAUAAUGUUAUUUUAUUUUGGCUUAGAUGUGAACAGGAAGUUUUGGACAAACGUUUAGAUUCCAGAGUCGACAGCAUGAUGGAAGAAGGUUUAAUUGAUGAAUUGAAAGAAUUUAGAGACUUGUAUGUCCGGACACAAGAUGCUCCUGAUUACACUUUGGGAAUUUUGCAAACGAUUGGUUUGAAAGAACUAACACCAUAUUUAGAAUAUAUUGAAAAAACUGAAGACGUUGAUGAACUACACAAAAAUAAAUUGCUUAAAGAGUGCUUGGAUAAUUUAAAACUUGUAACGAGACGAUAUGCUCGGAAACAAAACCGUUGGGUUAGGAAUAGAUUUUUGGGAUACAAAGAUCGUCAGGUGCCUCCUUUGUAUGGUUUAGACACCAGCAAUCCUUCCAAAUGGAAUGAGAUGGUCAGAGAUCCUGCUUUCCAUAUUAUAGAAAGCUAUCUUUCUGAUCAGCAACCAAAAGUUGAACCUUUGGAACAAAUUGUCAACCCGAAUGCAGCUGAUGAUUUGAAUCCAGAAGUUACUCAUUUUUGUGAAGUUUGCCAAAGGAUUUUCAUAGGCGAUUACCAGUGGCAAUUGCAUACAAAGUCCAAAAAACAUCAACGUGUUGCCAAAUCGAAGGCGAAGGGCCAAAAAGUUGAUGGAAUAAAAUCAGAGUAA